GCUACAUUCAGUCAAAAACUGUAUUUUAGGCAGCUCAAGAUCUAGACCUGCAACAAAAAAGAGACGCAAAGCGUUAACUCACAUUAAUGCUUGGUCUGAAUGUAAGUUGAAGAACGCAUAUAUAUAAAUUUUAGAUACCUCACGCCUGAAUUAUCUAUGACUCAAAUAUGGCGCAAUAAAAGCGAAUACUGCUGGGUGACGAUCUGUGUAAAAUCAUUACGCGUUUUCGCAAAAAUAUAUUUUUCAGUGUACAUUCAGACCAAAGUUCAUUAAUCUACGUUACAUUUUGGCUUUUUCUUUAGAUCCAGUGACUCAUGAAGCAGAUGUUACUUUUCUACAUUAAGGUAUUAGAUCAAUUUUUGGCAAUAAAAUCCUAAAAGCAAUAUAUAAAUAUGGAAAAACAUACUUAUAGAAACAUUAAUUCAUAUUCAUUUUCAUCCAGCAAAUUUUUCAACUGUAACCCCUUAGUUUCCAAAAAUCUGCGAUGCAAGGAAUAUUUAUAGACACCUUACUGUGUAAUAUGUACAAAUCAACCAAAUUUGCUCUUUUCGGGUGUAGCAAAGCACAUAAACUCUCCAUUGGCUGUGGUGGACCAAUAUAUCUUACCGAAAUUCUUCGUUAGUACAAAUGUAAGAUCUAACAGGAAUAUCAUCUCAAAUAAACUUUUAUGAAAAUGUCGAAUAGUUAAAGGUUAUAAGCUUAGUAUCGGGAAAUAUACACGAGUUCUGCAGCGGAAAUAUUGCGUGCCUUUAGACGCCCUAUGUUCUUCCGCUAAAGAAAGAGUGCAUAUUUACCGAUGCAUAGAUAAUAACAUUUUUAUUACAUACGUAUCUACCCGUAUAAAUAUGAUGUAGAUAUUAUGAAUAUGUUCAACUGAAUGAAUAAAACUGACCAUACUGAACUAAAUAAAAGAUUGAAUGCAUCUACACAUAUAAGAUUACAUCACGCACCCGAUAUGAAAUUCAGGCGUCGGUGUGAGGAAAAUAUUACCGUUUCUGGUUCCAUUGUAUUUUAACGGGGAAUAAAAACGGGUAUGUAAUAAAGAUAUGUAUAGGUUAUAUGCAACCAAAUUAAGUUAAAAAAUCAAAAUAUCACCGUCAAACUUUUUAAAGAAUCAGAUUUCAAACCUGCUAUUGCCAGAUUUUUCAUCCCUGGUCCCUGUGAUAAUCAUGUUCAAUUUCUUAUUAUAUAUCAAUUUGUAAAUGUUUUUCUUUAUAAACCUGCUCAACAAAACAUACGGAUAAUGUUUCAGUUGUAACCAAAUGAGAGAAAAAUCCAUAAAAGUGAUCAUAGUAUUGAAAGGCGAUUUUCAGUGAAUAAUCUAAAUCACCAAUCUUAAACAUUUGCUUUCGCGGUACACGAUAAUUUGGUUAGUUUCAGUUUAAAUUUCAAAAAUGAAUAUACUUUCUUUAUUUGAUUUUCUAAGCAGUGAUCAACCGUUCUACGUAACUUUCAAUAGCUUACAUAUUGCAAUCGAUAGGACGAGCAAACUUGAAGAUUAUUUAGAUAUAUUUUACUUCAGGCAAAGUUUUCUGUAGGAGCUAUUUCGAACAGUUACUGGAUGAUGUUUGUUGCGAGGGCCAUUUAUGGGUUACUAAAUGGACCAAUGUCGAUUGCAAACCAAAAUAUGGCUGUCAAAUGGUUUAAGACAUCAAAUAUAAAUAUGGUAUUUGGUCUGAAAAUCAGCAUAGCUAGAGCUAGCAGUGUGGUUGUUAUAAACGUGAUGGAUACCAUUUAUGACUAUUUCGGAAAGUUUUCACAUGGGCAUGUAUGUUUAGGUAUUACAUUAUUUACAGGUGUGGUUGUUAUGUUCCUGUCGUUUCUUUCCGCUGUUGUUGCGUCUGUUUUAGAUCGAAGAGCUGAAACCAUGAACGAUGUCGUCUUCGAGAAGGAAUAUUUAAAAGAUGAUGUUAUAGUACGAGUUUCUGAUAUUAAAGACUUUCCUGCAACAUUUUGGCUGAUAUCAAUGACGACAACAUGCUACUACUUAGCGCUGUUUCCAUUUGUAGGGCUCGGACAAGUAUUUUAUGAAAGGAAAUAUGGUCGGGAACCUCAGGUAGCGGAUAAUGUAAACAGUAUGGUGUAUUUUAUGGGUGCGAUUACAAUGCCAGUAUUUGGUUUAUUGAUAGAUAAACUAGGAUGGAGUCUUUUCUGGAUGUUUGUUGGCAUUAUUCUAUCUGCUGGAAGCCAUUUCAUCCUGGCUUUUACUUUCAUAGAGCCAUAUAUUGCUACUGUUGCAAUGGGACUUGGAUAUUCUAUCUUUACGGCUGCACUGUGGCCAAUGGUUUCAUUUAUAAUAGCCUUCAAUCGUCUCGGAACUGCCUACGGCAUAACGAACGCAAUGAUAGCUGUUGGUCAAGCUGGGGCGACAUAUUUUGCAGGUUAUUUAGCAGAUAAUAACGGAUAUCUUGUCUUAGAGGUAUUUUUCACCGCUUGUAUGGCAGGAUCACUUAUACUUGGAAGUCUGCUGUAUAUCACUGACCAGGCGAAAGGAGGUGAAGUAAAUCUCAGUUCAUCAGAGAGAAGGAAUCGGGCAAAGCUGGAGCGAGAGAGAAGGAAUCGGGCAAAGUUUGAGUAGAGAUGUGGAAUUAGUUAAUUGGUUCCUGCUAAUUGCUACGUUACAAUAAGAUUUUGGAAAUAGAUGCAUCACUUUACUGACCUGAAUGUCCGUAAAAUAUGAACGUGCUCGGAUGAGUAUGUUCGUACAUAUUAUGUAGCGCAUGGUCAGUGCUGUACAUUAAGGUAAUGAGUGUGUCAGAUAUUUACAAGUCGAAAGAUUUCCUGCGGCCGGAAGUUAUACAGACCAGAAAUUGUUAUGGAUGUAUUUGUGACCACUCAGCCUAAAUAGUAACUUACUGGUGAACAUCGUGCUUGCUUUUAUCACACCAUUACGCUUUAAUGUAGGACAUAUUGCUGUAUUCUACAUGUUUUACAAGUAGAUCUAUAAAAUAUGUUUUUCUUAAAAUUUGAAAGUUAUUGUUUUGAGCAAAAAUAACUAUAUUUCCCUUUCAUGGAUAUCAUAACUUUUAGCUCAACUGAUCACAUUACUUAACUAUUGAAAACUGUACUAGAGCUAUCACAAAUGUGAUUCAUGCCUUCUCAUGGACUUCGUUGACAUACAGAGCAAACCAACACAAGACCAUAAUCCAGGAGAAAUUAAAGAACAAAUCACAAACAAUCCCUUAUGCACAACUAGGUAUCAAUAUUGAUCAUUGCUUACUGAAAGUUUGAAUGAAUUAUAUGAAAUAAUGAAUGAGGAAUUCAGGUCACAAGCAUUUCUCUAUAUAUCAAGUAGUGCCAGAUAUAUUGCAAAAACGGCGUUCCAUAAAUGCGAUAAGCCAAUCCAUA